AUGGGCCCGUGUGCUGGUCUGCUGCCUCUACUGCAGCUGCUUCCUAGCCUGCUUUCUGCUCAGCUCACCACUGUGUCAGAACUUGAGGACACCUCCAGCUUGGCGUUCACCCCAACUCCUCGUCCUACUGACCCAAACACCACAGCAGGGAAGAGCUUGUCUUCUAGUGCUCUACCCACCGGUCUGGCUCCAGUAAAAGUGAGCACGGAGGAGGACCGGUCUGCCACAGAGAACUACCUCUACACUGGCAAUUCAUCCUCUUUGGCUGCCUCUACCUGUACACAGAGUUUCCAGCUGCCUGUUCGACUGGGAUCUCCACCUAGAGACCUUCUCCCUCUCCUGCACCAAGCCAUAGCUUCUCUGACCAAUGCUGCCAACUUUCUCAACCUGAUAUUCCAAGCUAGUGAGCUGAGAGAAACGAGUGUACAAGAAGAUAUCGAGUGGUACCAUGCACUGGUGCGGGCCAUGCUCGAAGGGGACACGCCAAGCCUGGUCAGACGAGCUUUUCUAACAUUCGACGCUGACCCCGCGAUCCAACACCCCCAACUGGUGCUCCGUGCCUCCAAAGGCACAACCAAGGACAUUAUCCUGCAGGACCUGACAUCUGCCUGGAGCGGCUUCCGUCCACCGGCUCCUGACCAAAGCUGGUUUGAUACGUUUAAGUUUAGCUCUCCACCCCUCCAUGCCUUGUCUAAACGGGUUCUUCUAAAUGACUUGAGCACUCUAGACACUCCAAAGUGGGCACGUGGGGAUAGUUAUGUGAUCAAUAGCAGCAGAGUUCAGUGGGGUGAAGCCCCUUUUCUUGAGUGCGUUGAUGGCCGGUUUUUGCCAGGGUGGUUACUCAGUCUGUCAAUGCCAUUUUAUGGGUUGAAGCCAGACCUCAGCCCAGAGUUCAGGGGUGUGAUCCGUGUCGACGCCAACAUCCAGGGGUUCAAUUUGGAUCAGUGUGCCAAUGGAGACUUCUGGUUUGCAAACACACAUCAGUGUAAUCGGACCACCAUGGAGUGCGAGUCCAUCCCGCAGCAGGGCUUCCGGAUGGGUCAGUACUGCUGCCGAUGUAAGAAGGGCUACUACAGUCCAAAUCCAGACAUGGAAAACAAAAGUAAGAAUCUUGAAACGAUCAAGAAUCAUACCCGAGCUUGUUACCCAGAAGUCCCUGUGUGUCUGCCCUGUUGGCCCGGCUGUGAUGAGUGUGAGGAUGGGGUCCCGUGUUGGGUGCAGGAAGACUGGCUCCUGAGGACGGCCGUCCUGGCUGUGCAGGGCCUCUUCAUGGUCCUUGUUCUUCUCAGCAUGCUGAUGGCAUAUCAGUGCAGGAGAACCAAGCGGAUCCGAUCAUCCGGGCUUUUGCUGCUGGAGAUGAUCUUGUGUGGCUCUCUGUUGCUUUACUUCCCGGUCUUCAUUUUAUACUUCAAUCCCAGCACUUUCCGGUGUAUUCUGCUCCGUUGGGUCCGUCUGCUUGGCUUCGCUAUCGUUUAUGGGACUCUGUUGCUCAAGAUGUACCGGGUUUUGAGGGUGUUCCUGUCCCGAACAGCCCAGAGAGUGCCAUAUAUUACUACCACAGGUGUGCUGAGGAUGCUGGGAGUUAUAGUGCUUACUGUCAGCUGGUUCCUGUGUGCAUGGACAGCGGGCGUCCUGCAGAAUCGAGACCGAAAUGUUCCACUUCUGAUAAUUUCCUCCACCUCAGAAGGACAAGGCUUCAGGGUGUGUGACCUGGACCGGUGGGACUACAUGAUGGCUGUGGCGGAGCUGUUAUUUCUGUGCUGGGGCACUUUCCUGUGCAGUGCAGUGAAGACGGUACCUUCAGCAUUUCAUGAACCACGUUACAUCAGCAUCGCUAUCCAUAAUGAGCUACUGCUCUCCUCAGUGUUUCAUCUUCUCAGAUUCGCUAGGCCAUCAAUUCAUCCUGACUGGAUGCUCUUGCUGUUCUUCACUCACACGCAUGUGACAAUUACUGUAACACUUGGCCUUCUAUUUGUACCUAAGUUUCUCCACAUGUCACCGACUGGCCAAGAGGAAAUAGCUGCAGAGGUUUAUGAGGAUGAAGUGGACUUGCGACGCUCAUGUUCUUACCUCAACAGUAGUUUCAACUCUAACUGCUGGAGUGACCAGAGCUUGGACGCUGAUGACAUUCGGGGUGAGCUGAAGAAACUGUAUUCUCAGCUGGAAGUCCACAAGACCAAGAGGAUGGCAAACAGUAAUCCCCACCUUCCGAAGAAGCGCAGCUCUCGCCUCAGUAUUGGACGGUCCCUUAUAAAACGGAUCAGUGAGAUUCCAGAAAGUUUAAGCAGGCAAUGCAGUCGUGAAGAUAAGGAUGUCAAUGCUGCAAUAGGAAGUAUAACCCGAUCAGGAUCUUAUUACAAAUGCCAUCAAACCACAAGCAUUAACAAGAUGACUGAAACUUUAAUGCAGCCAUCUCCAAAACUACGGAAGUCCCAUAGUGCCUAUGAUUGUACCCCAGAACAAGAGGUCUCCCUAUUAAACUCUUCCAUAAGAAGCACUGAGAAAAGGGUUUCACUGCAUUCUGACUCAGGGUCCAUCAAUGCAACACUGUUAGUCUGCAAGUCUGCAAGUGCCCACAAUCUAUCGCUAGACACUAACCUUCUACUUCCAGAGCCCACCAGGUUUCAAAAGUCACUUAGUGUCAUAGAACGCAAUGACCAUCGCUCUGUGUCUCCUUGUAGGAUCACUGAAAAUGUGUCACUUGCUGGUAAAGCUGCCCCAGCAGAAAAGCCCCAGCCAAUUGUGGAUGUUGAUAUAAAGAGGCAGACUUCAAGUGCCUUGCUCUCGGAGUCGUUUGACAAGGCCGAAGUAUGCCCAUGGGAGGUUCCAGAUGAACUGCCAGCAAACAAGAAUCAAAAACAUGUCACAUAUUCUAUUUCAAAACAAGAAGAACCCAAAUCACCUGGUGCUACCUCAUCACCAACGCUGUUAUAUGUUUGUCCAUGGGAAUUCUUGCCACCUCCUACUCCUCCUGCAACAGAAACUGGGAAUGGUAUACAGUCAGAUGUUGAGUCCACAAAACCUAAGCCUCCAAUCUCCUGUAGCGCUCCAGGGUCACCACAUACAAUCUCUGGCAAGCCAAAGGACUUUCGGGUUUUCUCUUUCCGCUCCACUACCCAAAGUCUCCUGACAGCAAAGGGCAUUGUGGAAGUUGGAAGAAGUAUGAGCAAAGAAAAAAGCUUACAAGAGAGUAAUGUUAAGGAGGGUACACUACAGAAAUCCCUGUCCACAUCCAUGAGAUUGUUCCCAGGCAGUGCAGCUUCAGACAAGCGUACCCCACAGACACACAGACGGGCUAUGACUACUGUAGGCACAAAACCUUGCCUUGUCAAACAAAUAGCAAUACGGCUGCCAUCUACUGACUCUCCUGAAAGGAGCCCCAAACAAACUGCUCCAGUUCACAUCUGUCCAUGGGAGUCAGAGGAGGUGAUCUUGGAGGUCAAGAAGCAGAUUGUGAAUGACAGUGUAUUACAAAGACAAUACAGUGGCAAGCAAGAACUAUCUGUGACAGUAAGUAAUGAUGUCUUCAAACCCCAACUUAUAUCAUUAUUGGCUGUUCCUAAUACAGAAGUGUGUCCAUGGGAUGUCCCAAAACCUUUUCAUCAAACCAGCAUUUCUGAAGUUUGUCCUUGGGAGGUUGUGGAAGUAGAGCAAUUGCAAACCAAGUGCAUAAAUACUGAUGUUUGUCCUUGGGAAACCGAUGGUGACCCAUCAAGAGUCACUGAAGACAAUAUAUGUAAUAUGAAUAUUGAAGAACCUAUGUCUGAAGACACCCAGAAGCAGGUAAUUGUGAAGGGUGAAGCAUGCUCUUCUGUACUUGACACAAAUAUCUCUCAGGGUAGACAGGGAUCGAUCAAAAACCCUAAUGACACAAUAAAACCUGGUGAAAGGGUCAUUUAUGUUAAUUCAAAACAAAGUCCAAUAGACCAAGAACUUCCCCAGGGAGAUGCAGCUUCAGAGGAAACAAGUCAUAAACUGAAACAAGAAGAAAGUGAUUUUCCUGAACCACCCCCUCCUGUAACUGAUGUAAGACCUUGGGAGCCAGACACAAAAGACGCCACAAGUAAGUCUUUAAAAGAGCCAAUGAUUAAGAAAGCAACUGUUUGUCCAUUGGAAACAGAGGAUUCUGAGAGGCAGGAUUCUACAAACAAGGGACCAAUAAAAGUAGACCAUAAACAAGAAAAUGUUCAUGUAAAUGUGUGUCCAUGGGAGACAAGUGUAUCAGUCAAACAUUUACAGAAAUUAGAAGGUCUUGAAAAUGUUUGCCCUUGGGAAACAGAAGAGAUAACAAAGAAAUUGCAGAAACAAGAUAGUAUACGUGCAGAUGUUUGUCCAUGGGAGACAGGAGAGCCAGUCAAGACUUUGCAGAAACAAGAAAGUAUCCAUGCAGAUGUUUGUCCUUGGGAGACAAGAGAACCAACAAAGACUAUGCAGAAACAAGAUAGUGUUCUUGCAGAUGUCUGUCCAUGGGAGACAAGUGAGCCAGUCAAGACCUUACGGAAGCAAGAAAGUGUCCGUGCAGAUGUCUGUCCAUGGGAAACAGGUGAGCCAGUCAAGACCUUACAGAAGCAAGAAAGUGUCCAUGUUGAUGUCUGUCCUUGGGAGACAGGCGAGCCAGUCAAAACCUUACAGAAGCAAGAAAGUGUCCGUGCAGAUGUCUGUCCUUGGGAGACAGGCGAGCCAGUCAAGACCCUACAGAAGCAAGAAAGUGUCCAUGUUGAUGUCUGUCCUUGGGAGACAGGCGAGCCAGUCAAAACCUUACAGAAGCAAGAAAGUGUCCGUGCAGAUGUCUGUCCAUGGGAGACAGGUGAGCCAGUCAAAAUAUUGCAGAAGCAAGAAAAUAUCCAUGUAGAUGUUUGUCCUUGGGAGUCAGGGGAACCAACAAAGGCAAUGCAGAUUGAACAGAGUGUUCUUGCAGAUGUUUGUCCAUGGGAAACAGGUGAGCCAGUCAAGACCUUGCAAAAACAAGAAAGUGUCAACUCAGAUGUCUGUCCGUGGGAGGCAAAACAAUCACUCAAACAAUCUGUGCUACAAGACUGCACUCAUGCUCUCCCAUUGAAAAGGCAAGACAGUGCUCAAGACUCUGUCUGUCCGAGAGAAAAUGACAUGGGAGCACAACCAACAACAGAAAGCAGUACAAGUCAAAUUGUCCCAAGUAGAAGUGAGUUACAGCCUUCAGACACAUGCACACAUACAGCAGAAGAGAUAAGAGUUAACCCUCCUCUGGUUCGGCAUGAUGCACUGUGCGCUUGGGAAAUGGGAGGGGGCAGACAGGAAUCUAUAACUGUGCAUGAUAAUUCAGAUGUCUUCACUUGGGAGGAGACCAUACCAGAGGAAGAUGACGGUGAUGCAGAAACUGCUGCAGAGGCUUUCAUCUUCCCACCAGACUUGUGAACUGUGAGGGCAGUAUCACUGUGCUUUAUAUGGCUUGAAAGACUUGUUGUGACAAAAUGCAUCACUGGUCACACUUUGCAGGUUUAUUCAGAAUGCCACUCCAAUGUCAUCAGCACACUUCACAUAUACUGUUAUUUUAAGGAUUGGUUCACCCAAAAAUGAAAAUUAGGCUAUUUUACUCACCCCAGGUGCAUCUUAGGUGUAUAUGACUUUCUUCUUUCAGACAAAUCCAGUCAGAGUUAAAUAAAAAAUUGUCCUGGCCAUUCCAAGCUCUAUCAUUGCAGUCAGUGGGUGUUGCAGUGCUUCAGUCCAAAAGAUGUGAAAUGAAAGGCACCUAUCCAUAUAAAAAAGUGUCUCACAUGGCUGCAGGGGGUGAACAAAGGCCUCCUGUAAUGAAUCCAUGCAUUUUUGAAAAAAAAAUAAUAUCCAUAUUCAAAAUGUCAUAAUCACUUUAAUCUAGCUUGUGCCAACAGUUCUACACAGAAGCAAUUCUGGGCUGAUGACGUAUGAGGUCACACGUCUUGCUCUCGCUCCCUCGCGCAUAUUAAUCAAUUGACACGAUGGUGUCGAUGUUUAAAUCAUUUAAAAUGAGAAUGUAAGUGUGCUCACCCCAUUUUUGUUUGUAAGAAAAAAUCGCAAUAUAUAUCGCAGAAAAAUAAAAUAUCGCAAUGUCAUUUUUUCCCAAUAUCGUGCAGCCCUACUCUGGGGUGAGCAAAAUGUUUUUACCUAAUUUUCAGGGUGCUUUCACACUAGCACUUUUGGUGCACACCCGGGGUCAAUUGACGUCAGAAUUCAGUUCGUUUGGAUGAUGUGAAUGCUGUCUUCCGUACUCAGAUGCGCACCCAUGAACCGUACCCGAGCUUAAAAACGGUGGUCUGGGGUACACUUCAUGUGAACUCUGGUACGGUUCGCUGCUCAUGUGAACACAAUCGUACCAAAUUGCGGAAGUGAAUCGCUUUUAAUGACAAAUUAUUUGAUGAAAAUGUGUGUUUGUGUGUGUGUUUCACUCACUUUCCUGAUGAGCGUGACUGACACGCUGCAAGCAGAGAGCUGUACAUCUCAUUUAUGUUCGUCUUCAACGUUUUUUUGGAGCAUUUUCAGUAAAUUCGUAAGACUGACGCAAGUGCCGUUAUGUACCGAAGCUUUAUCAACCAAACGAACAGUUCAAAUACCUAAUACAUAAAAGUGCAGAGAGUAAUUUUAUGCAUUUGCCGCCUUCUCCUGUGCUGUCGUUACCAAGCAACGGGGUAAACAGCUGCUGGCUUGAUGACGCAAGCUAACUGCGGUUCGGACUCAAAAUAUUAUAAUAUGAACACAGUCUAGUGGGGGCAGGGGGAGGGGGGAGCAACCGAACUUGGGUUCGGACCAGGCAAGUGAACCAAGUGUGAAAGCACCUUCAUUUUGGGUGAACUAACCCUUUAAGAAAGGAUUGCACCUACUGUAUGGCAGCUUUCUCUUUCCUCAGCUUACUAAACCAUAUCGAAAAACUGACGUCAAGACAGACUGUUCUCCUGUGCAUAUUCCCCUUUGGCCUUACAUUAUCACAAACUCCCUGUUUAAUUUAGUAUUGUUUUGUGUGUAUUUGUGUUCAUAUGGCUAUGUAGCUUAUACUGUCAUUAAAACCUGCAUCAUUAAUACACCCUGGGUGGAACAUUUAGAAUGUUCAAUUUCACACAUUGUCAGUCAAAAAUUAUUGCAAGUUAAAGGGGACAUCGGAUGCAAAAUUCACUUUGCAUAUAAAUGUGUUGUAGCAGUGUGUGGACAAACUACCCUACAAUGAUAAAAAUCCACUAUUAAGUUUAGGGUAGUAUUUAGAUUUUCUGUCGUGAUUGUAAAAAAUGUCAUUGCCAAUGUAUGUCAUUCAUGCUGCAUCGAGAAUUGCAACAAUAACUCAAUGCAAUACGUUUUUUCACCUUUUCUAUUUGUAAAAACACCAAGGUAUGCAGAUUGUGGAGAUGACUUCGGAUAGUAAAUCUAUUAAUAAUGUCACUGAUUAAACC